ACCAAUGAUUGAAUGCAGUGGAAUUAACUGUGUGCGGGGAAAUGGUUCCAACUUGAUUGUGUUGGUCUUGCUGUAGAGGAUGUGCCAGAUGAUGAUUGGUUUUGUUCGGGAAGAUGCAGUUCAAAUGAAAAGGCACCAGAAAAGAGGGGUAAAGCAGCUGCUGAUCCCAUUGAUCACAAACACGAGUAUGUCACAGCAUUACUACUUCAGGGCCUACUAGAUCAGACACAAAGAGAUUGUGUACGAGAGAAUGAUGGUCCAAUGCUCAUGCGAUUAUGGAAAAUGAACAUCAUCCAAUUCCACAAUAGGAAUCACCAUAAAUAUGUAAUAUUGGCUCACAAACUUAUAGCAGGGAUAAGUGGUUGGUUACCACUACGUUUGCAAAAAGAUUUGCUAUGGAACAGAACUGUGAAUUUGUCAGGUGGACCUGGUAAAAAUUUGGAAAUGGAUUUGGUGAAUGAAAUGUUGAAUAAAGAAUUCAAAGAGUCAUUAAAGGAUGCUGGAGGAAAUUUGACAGUGGAAACUGUUUCCAGGCACAGCCAGCUGGUUGGUCAUUUAGGACGGAAACUGGAUAAAUUCUUUGUGAAUGUUUCAGAUGUUGAGGAAAAGCAAAGAGUCGUUUCACCAGCAAGGGAUUUCUGUCAAGACAUCAGACUAUUUAUUAACAUGCUGAUGAAAGAAAAAUUAUUUGAUUAUGUUAAAGGAAGAGCCUUUAAAUCUUUUCCAAAUUUUGUACAUGUAGGUGCAGCAAAGGAUCCUGUGAGAUUGAGAAAAAAAUCAAACAGCUAAGUUGCAAGCUUGACAGACUUCCCAAAAUUGUUUGAAAUCAUUGUUUGAUUGUAUAAUUCUCUUUUUCGUCACACUCAACAAUUUCCGUUUCUCACUCAGUGUCACACCAAAUGUUUAUUAAUUUUUUUUAAAAUUUCUUCCCCCGUACUAUUUAUUAGUUUUUAGUCACUCAGUUGAUGCCCUUGAAAGAAUCCAUUUAAAAAAAAAAAGGAUAUAUUGAAACUCAUUUCUUAUCGUAAUUUUUUAUUACUUUUUCAAAAAUUAUUUCCAUCCCACGAGUAACAAUAG